UGUUGACAUCGCAUACUGUAAUGAUAUUUGAUUGACGGUUCCUAAGAAUACAAUUUAAACCAAAAAAAAACCGAAGGGAAACACGAAUCUGUUUUCGAAAUGUCAUCGUGCUAUAGCGGUUUUGAGGAUCGUUCGUUUGAGUUCGACGAUUCUUCAUUUGACAGUGGCUACGAGAAAAGUUUCGAAACGGCCGAUGCAAGCUUUGCCGCGCGUAAGCUUGUCUUUGAUGCAUCGGUAGAUUAUUUUCCGCCGGAUUUGAUAACCGACCCAGCAAUAGCUUCAGGAGCUAAUGCCCUGUUACAAGCCAAUUCAAAUUCCCUGCCUGGCUUCUGCCCAAAAUUGGGAGUUCAAACUUCAACCCCAACCAAGGAAGCGAAGCCGAAACGGAAGUACGCGGUUGGUAAAAACCGAGUGACGCGCUCCAGGAGUCCAACUCAAGUGGUUCGCAUCAAGAAGUUCCGUCGGAUGAAGGCCAAUGACCGCGAACGAAAUCGUAUGCACACUUUGAACGACGCAUUGGAGCGUCUGCGGAGCACUCUGCCAUCUCUCCCAGAAGAGACCAAAUUGACGAAAAUCGAGAUUCUGCGAUUUGCGCACAACUACAUUUUCGCUCUGGAGCAGGUGCUCGAGAGUGGGGGCACUAUAAAUCUUGACCUAGAAAAGCUGCAGAAUUUAACUCUCAGUGGGGAGAGAAUAACAAAGGAGCUAUUCGAUGCCAUUUUUGUCAAUCCAAGGCCGUAUCCUAUGAUGACCGGCCAUGGGUUUGGAAAUUUUGACCUCUAUAGUAGUAUGCGGCAGUAUGGUUUGUGUAGCAGUUCCCAGUCAAGAUUGCCCGAGAACAACCCAGAUUUUUCUCAGGAAAAAUACGAUAUCUUUAAGAGCACAUUUGAAGCAGCAGCAGCUGCUACUAAUGUUGGAUUACCUACAGGAGCAGGACCAGCAGCAACACCUUCCUACCAAUCAUGUGAUUUGUUCACAUCGGGGGAACAUCAAACUUCAAUUGGAUACACCGCACCGCACAGUGAACAGACCCAUAUUCCUUGUGAAUCCUUUAGGCAUAAUGAGUUCCCAAACGCUUAUCCCCAUCACACCAGCAUAUCAAUGGAGCAGAUGCAUCUUCAUCAUCAUCACCAGCAGCAGUCCGCGUCCACAACUCCAUUUCAUCAUAGCAGCAGUUUCUACUCGCAAACACCGCCUUGGAAGGAUUACAGUGAGCAGGUUGUGAACAAUAGUGGGUAUGGUCACUAUUCAGUUGCUUAGUUUUAAGGUUAUAA